AACAGAACAAAACAAUACGGAAGUAAAACGGUAGGGAGAGUUUGUUUGGGUUUGUUUGUCCUCGUCCGUGAAAACAUACAUGCUGAAUACCCAACUUUCAGUCGACUGAAACAUGUCUAGACUCCAGUCGUUUCGUGUGUUUUUAAAUGAGCGUUUAACCGCGGCAGCUGUGGAGAUUUUCGGGGCAUUUGAAGAAACGGUAGCGGACUACCAGGAGGAGAAUGAUCGGUUACGGAGACUGCUGCGGAUCACACCGGAGAUAAAACUAUGUAGGAUAGAUUCCCUGCAGCUCUCUGUCUCUGAAGAGGUUCUCCCUGAGCAGCAGCACUGUGAGCAGGAGUGGAGCCCCAGUCUGGGGCAGGAGAACCCAGAGCUUCCACAGAUUAAAGAGGAACAGGAGGAACUCAGGACCAGUCAGGAGGAAGAGCAGCUUCAAGGGCUGGAGGCUGAUUUCAAAUUCACUCCUUCCUGUGUGAAAAGUGAAUGUGACCAGGAGGACCCAUUUCAGUCCUUCACUUCUCCCCAAACCCAGACUGUGGAGAACAGAGAGAGUGAUCCUAAACAAGUGGAUCUCACACCUUCUGUUACUGUGACCCACCUUAAGGGUCUCUACAUUCCCUGUGACCCUCCAGAGGAUCAAAACAAUGCCUCCAGCCACAGCUCAGCCGUAAGCAGUGACCCCGUAGGACUUGACAGCAGCCCGCGAUUGGAUCCCAGCCCAUCGAUGGCGGAACAUUGUUCCAGCACGUCUAGAAAAACUCACCACUGCCGUGACUGUGGUGAAAAGUUUGCUCUGAAAGCUGCCCUGCAGAGGCAUAUGACUCUCUACAAGAAGAGACUCCGUGAAUGCAGUUUCUGCAGAAAACGCUGCACCUCCACCUGUAAACUAAAGGCCCAUAUCCGCCUCUGUCACAGUGGGAGACCCUGCACCUGCCCUGUUUGUGGCAAGACCUUCAAACUCAAAGGAUAUCUGUCCAAGCACAUGAGGAUUCACACAGGACUGGGAGAGAAACCAUUUAGCUGUGGAGACUGUGGGAAAAGCUUCAAUUUGAAGGGGAACCUAAAGAACCAUAUGCUGACUCACACAGGAGAUAAAUCAUUUAGCUGUGGAGACUGUGGGAAAAGCUUCAUUCAUAAGUGGAACCUAAGGAGCCAUAUGCUGACUCACACAGGAGAGAAACCAUUUAGCUGUGGAGAAUGUGGGAAAAGCUUCAAUCAGGAGGGGAACCUACGGAACCAUAAACGGACUCACACAGGAGGGAAACCAUUUAGCUGUGAUAACUGUGGGAAAAGCUUUAAUCAGAACGGGUCCCUAAAGAAGCAUAGACUGACUCACACAGGAGAGAAACCAUUUAGCUGUGGUGACUGUGGGAAAAGCUUCAAUCAGAAGGGGAACCUAAGAAACCAUAAACUCACUCACACAGGAGAGAAACCAUUUAGCUGUGAUGAUUGCGGGAAAAGCUUCACUCAAAAGUCUAACUUACUGACGCAUGUGAAAAAAAUACACAAAGGAGGAAAACAGGAUUAAAACUGAAAGAAAGAACAUUAUGACAAAGAUCUAUUUAGUCACAAGAUGAACAUAAAAAGUCAGGAUGUGGACAAUUCUGAGUACACGCUCAGACACACAUAGCUGGAAUAAGUAAAUGAAGUCUAUGAGAGAAUAGUCAGAUUAACAGAUGACUAAAAUAUUAGUGCAGAUGGCAUUAUUUUGUCACGUGCAUAGAUGUGUUAUAGGUAAUGAAUGUGUAGGGAACUUCUGAAAUUCUACAGAUUUUGUGGCACAGCAGGAAUACACACAAACCAAAAAGUAAAAUAAUGGAAUUAAGGAAUAUAUAAGUAUUAGGAUGAGCCAUGUCGGAGUGGCGUUGAG